AUGGCUGCGAAGAUAAGGAAGCUAUCAGGCCUACAGAAAGAAGUACUCAAGCUAUAUAGACUGUGCAUAAGAGCCUCAUAUACAAAACCAAAAGAAAAUAGACAGCAUUUUGUCUCAUAUACAAAGAAUGAGUUUGCAAAGUUUCAACAGUUGCCAAAGAAGGAAUUCUCCACGAUUGAACAUUUGUUGAGAACUGGUUAUAAAAAAUAUGAAAUGUUUUCAGCUCCAGAGAUUAAAGAUGUUAAAUGA